AUGGAGGACUCUGCAGUUAGCUUUACUCACCUUUCAUCGUCUUUUCUACAGCACCUCUCAGUCGGCAUCAGAGAGCAACUGGAGCAGUGGCUAAGUUCCAGCAAUGAGCUCUCCAUAUUCGUCAGCGGACGAACUGGGAGCGGAAAGUCGUCACUCGUGAACGCCCUCCUGGGGGCGAAGGUAGCGGAGGAAGGAGCCGAGCCUGAUCCGACCACUGCAGAGGUUACUUGUCACGAAGGCAGCGCGAGCGGCGUUCGGGUCAAGGUAUGGGACUCGCCUGGUCUGCAGGACGGCACCACUAACGAAGAACGUUACCUGAACGACAUUGCAGCGAGGUGCUCACCAAUAGAUCUGUUUCUCUUCUGUAUCAACGUUGCAGAUGCAACGAGAUUCAACAUGGAAUCGCCAGACGUGAAAGCCCUUGCUAAAUUAACAGAGAAACUUGGGCCAGAGAUUUGGAAUCACGCGAUAAUUGCUCUGACAUUUGCCAAUAGGCUAGGGCAAAAGAGUGAAGAGAUGAGGCUAGCAAAGCAAAUUAAGGACACUGUCAGAUUACGGGAGCUGUUCAACCACAAGAUCAUCCAGUGGCAAGAGUCCUUGCGAGAUAUACUGGGUAAAAUUGGCCUUUCUCUUGUGCAAGUGGCAGCUCUGAAAAUGAUUCCGACCGGUCACCCACGUCGAGAUCCAAGUCUCCCGGACCGUCCUCACUGGCUCAGCACCUUUUGGUUCGAGGCCCUCCGCUCCACUCACCCCAGAGCCCAGCCUGCACUCCUCCGGAUGAAUGAGACACGCAUCGUCGAGAACCCCGAAAUGGUAGACAAGAACACUCAUAGCCAACACUCGGAAGACAUGGCAUUCAUAUUCAGUGACUUUGCUUGUAAUGUUGGGAGCUUUAUGUACGGCUCUAAAGAUUUGGGGUUGAUGAUUGGUCUGGAUGCAGCUAAACGCAAGGAGUUUGAGCUCACAGAAAGCCUAGUACUCGAACAGUUUCUCAUCAUGGAAGUGACAAAGGAGCAUCAACAGAUGUCUCACAGUUCUGCAAGUCCACUAGCCAGCAGCAGUGGUAGCGAGUCUUCUUAUUCUCCAGAUAACUCUAGGGGUGAUGUCCCACCAAAGGGAGCGGAAGGAAGCUGUGGUCCUGUAGCAAGCAAUGCAGUGUGUGGGGGACCGUUUGAUGGAUGA